AUGGCUGCCUCAGUCUACGCGACACCACCGCCAGAUCUUAGCGGCGAGGAAGCCGCCCUCAGCGACGCCUCAAACUCGUCCCAGACCAACAGUUCCCACGGCUCCACGCUGAAGGCUUCCAAGCGAACUCUAUCGUCGUCCUUCCUGAAUGCGGCCACGACGCAAAGCAGUACGCUCACGACCGGCUCACAUCACAGCUCCGACUCGCUGCCGGACCUAUCGAAAAAGCGUCGCAAGCAGUCGAUGCCGAGUCGAUUUUCUGCCAACGGAACGGCAAUCCCAGAGGCACCGCCCGGAGGUGCCGGGGAGACCACUACCGACUGCGACGCCGAAGCCGACGAGGAUGCCAGCGAGCAACCCGAGGGCAGCCGGGCCUCGAAUCCGGCUAGUCCGGCGAUGGAGACGGACAACGAGCCCGAGGGCACGUCCGUGGCGGCUGCUGCGGCGGCCGCACUGCUGCUGGAGGAGCAGCAGAACAACUUUCAGAAGAUAUUCCUCUCGAACCUGAGUCAAUUACAGCAGAAGCACCUGCAACUGCAGCAGCACUCCGACGGGUUUCUGCCGCUCGGGAACCCGGAGAAUUUUCUCACCUCCAAGCUGAACAGCCUGAUAGCGUUCGGUGGGUCCCGGUCGGGGUCGGAGGGUGCGGAACCGGGCAGUCGUGACGAGCAGAAUGAGCCCGACGAUGAGGCACGCUCCCGGUCGGAAGGCAAGGAUGACGAGAACCGAGAGCGGACGCCCGAAAACUGUGGCAAACAGAACGGUAAGGGAACCUCCGAGGACGGUGAGGUGGGAGUGCGGCAACGGCGAGAUGAUCGAGAGGAAGCCGAGGCAGGUAUGAAGUCAUCCAACGGGGACGAGCAACAGCAGCCAGUUCAACAGCGAGAGGAACAAGCGUCGAUGAUGAAUGAGUCGUCGGGACAUUCGCACCCAAAGAUCACCAUGAAGAAGGAGCUGUUCAUGGAUCCGGAAUGGGAUGGCGAGAUACGUAGCAGUACCGGGAUGCCAAAGCCUGAGGAUUGGAUAUCGAUCGCGGGCCUUUCCUUCCCAUUUCCACCGGAAGCCGCCGCGGCGUUGUCUGCCAGCGGAUAUUUGCCCCAACUACCGCAACUAUUGGGCGUACCGAGCGUAUCAUCGGGAUUUGGUGGCCCGACGGAUGGAAGCAACCGGACCGGUGUACCUCCGUUGCGUAUCUUUAACCCGGAAGCAUAUUGUGACCUGUGCAACAAGGAGUUCUGCAACAAGUACUUCCUCAAGACGCACAAGGCGAACAAACAUGGCAUCUACGAGCCGGCGGCAUCCUCGUCCAACAACGGUGGAAGCUCAGACACUGGAGCCUCUUCCGCUUCGGCUCUGUCUGCUAUGGGCAACCCUUUCAACUCGAUCCAUCAGCUGUCGCAGGUGUUUCAAAUGCAACAGCAGCAACAGCAACAGCAGCAGCAACAACUCAACGCUUCCGAGCAGCUGGAGAAGCUGUCCACCGGGCCAGGACUCGGUCAGCAGCAUUCGGCAAACGUAGCGGACCCCAGCCAGCAGCUAAUGUUGCCAUCUCACCAUCAACAGCAGCAACCAGCAUCCGGUACAUCUGGCCAACAGCAAGGGCCGCUGGGUGGACAGUCGAAACCAUCCUCCCAGCAGGGUACAACGUCGAUGCGCACGACACAAUCGCCAAAGGUCGCCCCGACAAACCACAUCCAGCCGACGGUGUUUUGCGAUAUCUGCUUCAAGAAAUUCAGCAGCCUAAGCGCUAUGCGUAAACACCGCAGCAAGGCGCACGAACUCUCCGGAGGAAGCAGCACUAACCAUCAGCUCCAGCAGCAGCUCCAGCAACAUCAUCAGCAGCAGCUCCAACAGCAGCAGCAGCAACUGCAACAGCAGCUGCAGCAACAUCUCGCCCAGCAGCACCAGCAGUACCAGCAGCAGAUGCAGCAGCAUCAGGACCUGAAACCGGAGUCGAGCGAAACCGAGCUACCUCCGCUUCAGGUUCCCGAUGGUUUCCGGGAGGACUACACGGUCGAGCAGGAAGACGCUACGUUCACUCCACAGCCACGCAAGCUGUCUCCCCACUCGAUGCAGGCGGCCCGUGAGGCCAACUUUUCCGCCGACAAGCUGAAGCGCCUCGGGGUGAUUAAUCCGGAGGCGUUCUGUGAGAUUUGCUGCAAGGAGUACUGCAACAAGUACUUCCUGAGGACGCAUCGGCUCAAACGGCACGGUAUCCUGCCGACCCCGGACGAGCUAAAGGACGAGCGUGGUCAUCACCCUUGGGCAGCGCCGUUCAUGCAGACGGCUCCGCUGAACCUUAUUAUGGGCGGAACGGCUGCCGCCGAUCUGAUGAGCGCGCAGAUGGCACUCCAGGCGUCCUCACCGUCGUCACUGAAGAAGUUCCUAGCGGCGGCGGGUGAGCUGGCAGGAGUUGAGAAUGCUGCCGGAUCGAUCGACGCUGCCAAGGGCUCGACGGUGGAGAUCAAGCAGGAGGUUUCGGUGAAGAGUGGCCGCGAUCGGCAGAUGAAUGGUGAUGGUGGUGCGAUCGAUUCCGGAGCCGAUUCCGAUGAGCAAGCGCAACAGUCGGAUGGUGGAAACGGUGUCGAUAGUGCUGAAGAUCGCCAGGGUGCCAGGGAUGCGGGAAGUGAUGAAGAUGCCGAGGCGAUUAGCGUUGACCUGCAGAAGCUCCAAUCGAUGAUCAUGCAGUUGAAUGACCUGAACAGCAUGCAGCAGCAACAGCAACAUCACCACCGGAAGAUGGGCUGCGGAAUUUGUGGUAAAGAGCUACCGAAUCAGUACCUCCUCCAUGCGCAUAUGCUCCAGGAACACGGACCGCUCGGUAUGGACAACAACAACGGGCACGGCCAGAAAAACGGUGAGACCGCUGCACACCUGGACUCGUCGGUCGAGGUGUGCAAGCACUGCGACAAGGAGUUCUCGAACGUUUACAUGCUGAAGCAGCAUCUGGUGGAGGUGCACGGUGGCAGUGGACUACCGGGAUCCAUGCCGAGCCCGAAGCGCGAGGGGUUCGUCACACCGGAACGUCCCACACAGCCCGGUCCGAUUCCGAUGCCACCAGCUGGCCCGGGAGCUUAUGGAGGCGACCGUAAGCCGACCUUCUCGAUGACACCGACGAGCAGCUAUUGCGAGAUCUGCAACAAGGAGCUGUGUAACAAGUAUUUCAUGAAGACACACAUGCAGCGUAUGCAUGGCAUCGAGAUAGAGAACGGAGCUCAGAUCGGUGGAGUGGUGUGUAACAUCUGCAACAAGGAACUCUGCAGCAAGUACUUCCUUCGGGUACACAAACAUAACACGCACGGCAUAGUCGAAGAGGGCGCUCCACUGCCCCAAGCUCGUCAGAAUGGUUCUGGAGGUGGUGGUGGUGGAAGUGGUGGAGGUGGUAGCUCUGGAGCAGUUGGUUCUAUUGGUAGCGACCUAAAACCGGGUGAAAUCAGCGAUCUCAGCAACCGAUACUACUCGCACUUCACCGAAGUGUGCCCACUGUGCAGCCGACGGUUCCGGAGUGCCAAGUGGCUUCGAGCGCACCUGCUAAGCGAUCACGGAAAGAUGGGCAUCGAAAAGCUGAAGGAUCUCGAGCAGAAGCUUGGAACCAACGGGAACGGAGGUCCCGCGCUGGGUGGUGGAGGUGGGCGCAGUAAAUCCAACAGUCCCUCGCUCAAGGUGCCAAACGGGUUGAACGAAGGGGGAGCAAAGUAUGGCCCCAAGUCACCGUUCCCCGCCGGACUUAGUCCUGCCGAGGCGGCGAAGUUCCUACCGAAGGGAGCUGGUCUUUUCGGCCCGGAGCAGCCCACCUCACCGAUGGGUGGUCUCAAAGGGUACCAGUGCUCGUAUUGCUCUUUCGCGACCCCUCUCCUGCCGCUGCUGUUCAUCCACGAGAGAUCCCACUCCAGUCUGACCAUCGUUCAGCAGCAACUUCUUCAGCAGCAGCAGCAGCAGCAGCAACAGCAGCAACUACAACAGGAAGAUGUGCAAGCGUCGGUCCUAGGGGCGGUUGGUGGCUUUCCUCCGCUGCUUAAAUCUGAGUCGGCCGUUUCCCUGGCGAAAGACCAACCCGCCAACCAGCUUAUGCCGGCCGGAACCUCCUCCGAGACACCGUCAUCCACGCCAGCCUCAACGCCGGUUCCAUCGCUCUCGCACGAUGCGCUCCAUUUGCUUCAGCGACCUCAGUCGACGCAUAGUCCCGUUGCUCGCCCCAGUAGCUCCGGUUACGAGGAGCCGGAAGGAUCACCGCAGCCACCCAAUGCUGCUAGCCGACCAGCCGACCACUCCACGGCUUCCUCUCCGAAGCCAACAUCACCGCGGAGCGAACCGACCGCCAUGCUGUCUGAGCUGGCCAACCUCACGCAGCGUCCAGCGGUCUACGCACUACCGCAGCAACCUCGCUCGGGACCGCUGAUGAUGCAGUCCUUCCUCAUCGAGGAGUGUGCCGGUGGUCGCUCUCCCAAGGAUGCCGACAGCGACAAGGAGCCAGGUGGCCCCGAUCACAGGUUUGUACCAGCCGUUGUUUUCUUGCCCGUCAAGGAGCGCAUUCACACACCGAUGACAAUAUCGUUCAACCUGAGUCCCGCCUAG